AUGCAGUUUUGGUUGAUCUGCUUGAUAAUGUUUGAUGGAUACACAGCCAAUCAAGGCCAAUCCAUACAUGAAUACAUGAAACAAAUCCAGAAGCUGGACGAUGCAGCGUGCAGAAAACGUUUCGAAGUCACACUUCUGCGUGACAACGUGAGAACUCUACAACACUGCAGCGGUAACGAGAGAAUUUCUGUAGGGCCUAGAACAACGGAACAAAAUUUUGUUAAACAGCAAAAUUUGUUCCGUUUCUCCUCAAAGAAUGCUAAAAUGCUAGUGGCGGGUACCGAAAAGACAGCUUGCUACCACGAGGGAAUUGAGCGGCUAAUAGUUUUGAAUCUGAAUGGGAUGUCAGGUGAGGAUGACUGGCUAGUACAGGCAGCCGCUCGCGAAGCUGGCAUGCUUCAUCCGGCGCCUGACUCGUUUGAGGACUCGGAUCGGUUCGAGGGUGAUUCCGAGUGUUCAUGGGUCUCGAGUGAAAGUUUAACAUUAGCAAAAAAUUGGCGUGGAUGGUCGCAAUCAUCGCCAGGAGACACCAUUCAAUCGGGGAUAUCGACGUGUAUUUAUCCAUACCAAAGCAGCUAUUCCCACUCCGGUCGUUAUUCAUCGUCAUCGAACCCUGUAUCUCAACGCAAUGUACAGGUUGAAAAAGGAAAAACCGUCUCCUCACUUGCUGACCUCUCGGCUCGCGUAUGUGCUCGUCAAAUGUCCUUUGUUGACUUGGAGCGAAAUUACCGUGACAUUUGUCAGAAUAGACAACACGUUGGUGUGAGCAAAGUUCCCAUUUCGCAUUCGUUGCCGGAUAAGUUAUUUCUAAGUGUUGUUUACUGGUGUUUUCCGGCGACAGCUGAUGAUAUUCGAUUGUACAGUUGUUUGGCAAAUGGGAACGCUGACGAGUUCAAUAACGGUGAUAGUCUUUAUCAAACAGGAGCCGUUAGGGAUGUUGUACAAAUAGGAUAUUUGCUAUCUGCGGUAGUUUGUGCAACACAUCAGGACUGCGUUCAAUCUCAACGACCAACGCGUAUCACUCACAACGUCUCUCUAAGUGUCGAUAGAUGUAGAGUGGUAUCGUGUGAUUGCUCUUGCCCAUCGAAAUCGGCCUGGUGUCAGCAUGUUGUAGCUCUAUGCUUGUACAGGAUACAUCGACCGGAUCAGGUACAAUUCAGAGUAACUAUAUGGGACUCUGUUAACGAACUUUCGGUUGACAAACUGAAAAAGUUUGCACAGUACCUCGUCAACGAGUUACCAAAAGAGUAUCUUCCAAUUGCGCAGAGGCUAUUAGAUCAGCUGAAAUGUCCUGAGUCUGAGAUAAACCAGUCACAAGGUGCACCGGAUCCAACCGAUGGAGGACAUGAGCAGACCGCAAUAUGGGCGUUAGACGUUGAAGGCCUGCAUACAAGUAUCCGCAGAUUGCUAAUAAAAUACUGUGUACCAGCUCCUACAGUUCACUGCGAUGUCCAGUAUCUCGGCACGGCGCAGCAUCCGAUUGCUGCUGAGUGGCUAACAGUGAUGAAGUCUUUAAGAGCGAGGGAACCUGAAGGAAUCUGGAAUCUCAUGGCCAUAGUUCGCGAGAUGUUUGCUCGCCGCGAUGAAAACGCUGUCUCUUUGUUAAGCAUUCUUACAGUGGAAUGUCUUGCUAACUGCCAGAUUCUCUUAUGGUGGUAUGCGACGAAGCUUGUUCAGAGCGGCAGUUGGUCUCAGCAAACGACAGGCAAAAAUUCCGCUAGCAGCCAGAUUAGUGCACAGUUGAACUGCGCUCAAUUAUGUGAUGAGAUUGUUGUGCUCUGGCGAUGUGCCGUGUUGAAUCCAAUGCUUUCACCUCAAAAUCGGCGACAGCUAGCUGCGUUACUGCGUACGUACCAUCGAACGGCAGUUGAUCGAAUUUGGAAAGUGAUCCGUGGCAAUGGAGGACAAGAUGCAGCAGUAGUUAGUAGCAGCCAUCAGGCGGCUAUUUUGCUGAAUUCAAUCCUGGACGGCAACAACUGCCCCUUGUCAGCGAACAAUGCUCAUUUUGGUUUGGAUCAGUUCCCCGGAUUCCAUCCUGCUUUGCAGGUCUGUCAUGCUUUGAUCGAUGAAACCGUGCCAGGCGUAAGUCAGGUCGCUGUUUUGCAUUUGCCUGAGGCGUGCGGAAGCGAUGCAAAUGUGCCGGUUCAACCUCUGACCCCUAGUUCUUCGCAGAAGAGGAACGAUAAAGGAAAGAAACGGAAGAAAAAAACUAGGAUCCGGUCUACAGCAGCUAUUGCUUCGUUGGACUUUCCACCUCUGCCGAUCUUUAACGAUGAAGCUUCUCUUGAUCGUGCUGUUCGUUAUGCGAUUAGGGCAGCGGUCGGUGGUGACUGUGAUCGCAGGCGGCGAGCUCUUCGUGACGACAGUAUGCGGGAGGAGGAUAGCUCGGAAUCUGGGCAGGAAAGCGAUGUUCAGUUGCCGUCCUCUGCUGGUAUAAUGGGUGAUGGACAAGCUGCUUCUGGAAUCUUUGUUCAUGAAGAAGUCGAUGCAGUAUUGGCCGCCGCAUACCUGCCCAUGGAACCUAUUGAAGUUCGAUUCGCUCGCUGUGAAGCCUUAGCUGCACACGGAUAUAUACCUCAGGCAACUUCCUUGGCCCUUCAGUUAUCUGACUAUCUUAUCGAGCACCUUCAAGAUCUUUCCGAUGCCGAAGAUGCAAGAUCACAACACAUGAAUGUACCCGGAAGCAGCCGAGAAGCAGCCAUAGAACCUGCAGAGUCGUUUGUUCUGCGAAGUCAACGGUUUGUAGAUGCACUAGAAAAGGCCCUUUAUCUAGCACAUAUCCUCACCACAGACGAGUCUAAUCAUGCUGGCAUGUUCACCUUCCUUUUGAAUGUGCUACAGUGCCCAAAAUAUCCAAUGGCAACAAAAUAUCUGCAAGUUAAACUGUAUUAUUUGGAGGGCGAAAUCGUCUCGUUGCUCCAAACAGUCAACGUAGGAGUUCGUGAAUUAGAUCAGCUCAGAGAAGCUGCAGCACAAAUGUCGACUGCGGUAACCUGUCAGAUAGUGCCGCCAAUAGCUUUAGCCCAUUUCAUUUUGGAUCGAUUGAGCUAUUUGUUCAAUGUUUGUGAGCUUGAUCAAAGCGGACAGCCAAAUACUCGAAUUAUUCCCGCACGCCUCGGUGCACGCCGUCCUCAGGAUGAUGAUCUUGCUCUGAAAGCAGCAUUGGAUGCUGUAGGUGCACGUCCUUUAUUCUCUGAGGAGGACUAUCCAUUGUUGAGUGAAGCUGUACGAAGACAGAAAGGCGAGCUGGCAAUCGCGUUACUGACCAGGCAUCGUGAUUCCACCGAGAAAUUGGGCCUUAUUUUGGACAAGCUUCUCGAUCCGUCGAUACAUAGAAUGUACACUUGGCAUCAAUCAAAUGCCGCAUAUUUCCUUGAUCGAGAUCCAGUUUACCUCAAACAUGGGCAACGCGGUCAGCGCCCGGUUUUUCCGUUACCUUCCCAGACACCUCCAAUUCUUAGAUCCGUCUCAACCCAGUCUGCUGACUCGAAGAGCGGAAAUUUUGACGAGGAGGUCGAGCUAAUUUCGGAACAGAUGCAGUUGCUGGGAUCAAGUUCAAGAAGGUCUUCCGAUGAAGGUAAUGAAAGCAUACGAAGCACCCCUACGACUGCAUCUGUUGUAACGGAAACCAGUGAACCAAUAGUAUCAACGAAGCCGACGUCUAAGAAAAUCAAGCGAAGGUAUAUGCCUGUUGUUUGCACGACGGAGGCGCAUGCGCACUAUAUGCAUGAGCUUGCGAAACGGGUGCUGACGGAGGCAGGAGGAAGCCAAAGCUCCGUAGUAUUUGCACCAAUAGGACAAAGCCCGCUAGCAUCGAAUAGAAAACUGCAUAUGUGCGCUUUCCUCAUUGGUAUGUACGCUAUCGGUUUACAUAAUCAAGUAUGUACAAGCUGGAAAUCAAGGACGUACAGCACUCAUGUGUCAUGGAUUAACCUACAGGCAGCCGAGCUAGGACUGAUGGCUAUCGAGGUGGUACGAGAAACGUGGCCGACUCAUUUAACUCCAUCAGAAGCUGCAGGAUUGGCUGACAAGGCAGGUCAGUCACGCGAUCCUGCCGUUGUUGAAGAAGCAGCAAGAUUAGCGCUGUCUGUACUUCCGUACGCUUACACACUAAGUGCUGCAGAGACGCAGCGAGCUCUUUUACAAUGUCGUGAACAAGGAGCCUCCUUAUUGGAAAGUGCUUGUAGAGCUAUUGAAGAGGCUGCAAACCAGGAAGUUGUGUUUGCUGAUGUGCUGUUCCGCGUUGCACGGUACUGGCAUGAUCUUCACUAUGAAUUAGAUCAACCGCCUGUAUCUGUGCAUCAACAGCACCAAAGCCAACCUGGUCAACCUUUGCCAUUUAACUCGAAUCCUCAACAUCAACAAUACUUUAACAUUCCUACUACUCACGCACAACAACAAUUUUACUAUCAACAUAUUCAUCCUUCACAGUCGAUUGCAUUUAUGCACCCUCCGCCGGUACCUGUCAGCCAGCCAAGCAACAGUGGUGGACUUUCUAUGGCGAAUGAGAUGGGUCGAUUACACCAAAGUCAGUCAGCACCACAGCUGUCAGGUCCCAGACUAGGAAAUCAACUCGGGUCGGAAACACGUCCCAGACUCGUGAAUGCGCACCGUGUAGGCAUCCGAGCGCUGACUACCAUGGCGGCAAGCGCGAACGAUGAAACCAGGCAGUACAGCAAAUACUCACAGACUCCUCCUUAUGCUGAAGACAUCCGAUGGUUGUUCACUAUUUCUGUACAGUUGGGUACACCAUAUUUUGUCAACUUUCUCGAUGCUGUUGCUAAGGCUGUUUCUUCUCCUUUCUUGCUUUUCCAGUUUACCAUGGAAGCAAACACUCGUCUUCCUCCGUACCCUCAACAGUACUCAAUGCCUCCCAUGAAUCGUUCAGUGCCUCCGCCACAGCAAAGCCACUCGAGCAAAGCUUUUGCUCAUGUAGCUGGCAGAACUCGUGCGGUCAUGCUGCAAACCUAUGCCCAUCCAUCAACGGCUGAAUUGUACGAACGGUGUAUUGAGCAGUUCUAUGCAGCAGCUGGUGUGAAACUCAGCCAUAAUCGAUUCAAUAGCAGUGAUAUGGAAGAUGCCCAUCAACUACUUGUUGCCGCCAUCGCUGCUUUCAUGCGGAUACCUCAUGCACCAACCGCACACCUAUUGUUGGAAGAUUUCUAUCGACAUGUGAAAAAGCAAAAAGCAUGGAAAAAAGACGUGCAACAUCGUUUGGGAUCUCUACUACAUGAAGCGUUGAAUCCUCAACGGUGA